GUACAUAAAGAAGACACUGGAACAGUACGUAGCCAUGGACUACUCGCUUGUCUACCUUCACUAUGGAUUCUCAAGUCAGAACCGACCUCCAGUGAAAUGGCUGAUUCAAGCCUAUCGAGGCUUUGAUCGGAAUUUCAAAAAGAAUCUCAAGGCCCUCUAUCUGGUUCAUCCUACUAACUUCGUAGAGAUAACUCUGAAAAUAUUUAAACCAAUUAUUAGACAUGAUGCUCAACUUCUCCGAAAUGAUAAUCCGCUUGCGACCAGUCUAAAUCCCUACUCUGCUUUCCUGGUCUCGCGCUCAGGCGAACCGAAGCCCGGCUACAUCUAUACGGACGGGAGUAAACCAAACAAGACCACCUACUCUCCACAUCAGGUCUUUGGCGUCUCUCUAGAACAUAUCAAGGCCAACAAUGGGGGCAAUCCAAUUCCUCAAGUUCUGGAUGACUGUGUAGUUUACAUACGCCAGCACUUCCUCGUUGGCCCUUUGGAUUCGGAGGGUCUCUUUCGACGAUCCGCCAGGACUAUCCUCGUACAAGCUGCUCAACAGACCUACAACGAAGGUAGCAGAGUGAAAUUCGAGAACUUUGAUGACCCUCACCUACCUGCGGUGCUGAUCAAAACGUUCUUCCGCGAACUCUCGGAACCUGUUUUGACUUAUGAACUGUAUGAUGAAGUUCUAAAAGUACACAACUUCACGCCAACCAUGCAAAUUGAGUCCGCUAGGGAUCUGAUAUCUUCUCGCUUGCCAGAGGAUAACUACCGCUUGCUAAAAUACUUGAUGGAGUUUCUGCAAGAGGUGAGUGCGCACGCGGCCUCCAACAAGAUGACUGACUACAACCUUGGCAUUGUGUUCGGUCCCAAUCUUCUUUGGUCUAAAUUCGCCAACCUCGCUUCUUUUGCUGCCGUCGGGCAGAUAACCACCUUUAUCCAACUACUUAUCUCCAAUUUCGACGAUAUUUUUGUUAAGUAA